CUGGUCUCACAUGGCUAACCAAUUCUACGGUAACAUGCAAUAAUCUGCACACGUGCUAGAUGACCAUCACGGAUCGCUCGUGCUGCGUCUGCGCACAAGGAGAGGAGGACAGGAAACCAGCACGGAAGACCUGCAUGAAAUGUGAGAUCUCGAUGUGUGUCCAGCACCUCCAGGCUCACCUGACCACUCCAGUGUUACUACAAACUCAUCCUCUGACUGAACCCAUGGCUUUAUGUGGCACCACUAAAUGCCCUCACCAUGGCAAACUCCUGGAGUACUACUGCUUGGACGACAUGACCUGUGUGUGUGUUUCCUGUGCCAUCGAGGACCAGCACCGCCUGCACAAUAUGAAGACCUUUUCCACGGCCCACAAAGAGCUUAUGGAGAAACUCGACACUGACCAGCAAGCCUUAAAGGUGAAAACCGAUGAUGAGAAUGUGAGUCUGGAAAAGUGGGAGGAGAGUGAAAAAGAGAAGGUGGUUCGCUCUAGUGUGCGUCUCAUUGAGGCUGUGACUAACCUACGUGACAUUGCCCUGACCAGUGUUCAGAGUUCAGUGUCUGCCCGUAUGGUGUCUAUUAAAACUAGCAAGAGCAGCAUACAAGCAGCAAAGGGCGAGAAGGACACCUUCAGAUUCCUGCAGAUGUAUUCUCAAGUGCAUGUGGAUGUGGAGAAGGCCAAGGCUGUGGAUAUGAGGCAAGGGUUGGAGCCCAGCAGUGAUCGUGACAAACUGGUUGAGGAGAUAAUACAGAAUGGUGAAGAAAUAAUGGAACAAGCAGACCACUUCUGGGGAUCCCUGUUGACUCUGGUUGACCCAGAGAACCACCAGGAGCAAGUCCCUACUAGUUUAGACCUAAUCUUUGACCCACAGACCUCGGACCCUGGCAUGUCACUGUCCACAGACAGCAGGAAGAUUUUCUACAGUAGCUGGCUGAGGAAAAGUUCUUCCAACAUGUUUCACAUUCAGAAUGCUGAGUCUAAAGAGUCUGUUCCUGACAGAUGGGUGAUCCGCCUCUCCGAUGGCUGUGACUGGACCAUUGGUUUAUGUGAGAAAAAUUAUGUAAAGGGGUCAAACAAUGGAGACAUCUAUGCACUGUGCUGCCAAGGUAACAAGGUCAGCACUCUCAUAACAGAGUAUUAUGAGGGUGCUACAACUGGGAUUAAUGAAUUGGCAAAAUCGAAGAAAAGCCUAAGUGUAUGCAAUCAGGCGAUCAACCCUCAAGGUGAGAAUGUGGACCGACCGCAGGAUGUGGAAGUGGUAUGGAGCUUUCCUGACUCAUUAUCAUUCUUCAGCAUGCCUGGCCGGCACCAGAGAAGAAAAAUAGUCACAAUAACGAUCAGCUCCCCUAACCCGUACCUAAUUCCUUUUGUUAGUUUGAAAGUGGAAGAAUCGCAAAAGAGCUCAAAUAGCUCAGGUGUGUUUGGAUCUUCAUCAUUUCGACAAGGAGGCCAGAAGGAAUGGAAAUGUUCAUGUGGGAGGAUUUAUCCUGAGAUGAGAAAUGCACACACCUUUGGAAUGUCUUCUCAGGUCACCUGCUCUUGUGGAAAAAUUAUCGGUGGCUUUCACAUCACAAAAGAACUUUGUGAACUUCUGUAAUGGACAGCCAUGUUGUUGUCUGUAGGCCACAUCACCACAUUUUCUUUUUGUCAUAUUCAUUUCAGUGUCUACCAAUCGCUAACAGAAUCAGUAUUUUUUCGGUUUCAUUUAGUUAAU